CCGGGGAGACCCGCGGCGCGGAGGGAGGAGCGCGCAGGGCCAUGUGAGCCGCUGGCGGCGGCAGCGGCCCGCGGGAAGACAGAUGGGGUGAGAGACGGCGCUGGUCCGGCUGUCAGCGCGGCCCCAGCCCCGCCACGGAGCGAGCCCCUCCUCCCCGCCGUGCCGCGCUCCCGGCCGGGAACCAUGGCGUCCAGCGAGGAGGACGGGGGCGGCAACGGCGCGGUGGAGGAGAAGGAGAAUGGCAAGAAGAAGAAGCUGGGCGCCCUGGCCACGACCUGGCUCAUCUUCUACAACGUGGCCAUGACGGCGGGGUGGCUGGUAUUAGGUAUUGCCAUGGUGCGGUUUUAUAUACAGAAAGGAACACAUAGAGGCUUAUUCAGAAGCGUUCAAAAGACGCUUAAAUUUUUCCAGACAUUUGCUUUGCUUGAGGUAAUCCACUGUGCAGUUGGAAUAGUUCGCACAUCUGUGCUUGUGACUGGGGUCCAAGUGAGUUCAAGAAUCUUCAUGGUGUGGUUCAUUGCACAUAGUAUAAAACAGAUCCAGAAUGAGGAAAGCGUUAUUCUUUUUCUGGUCGUAUGGACUGUGACAGAGAUCACUCGAUAUUCCUUCUACACAUUCAACCUGCUCAACCAUUUGCCAUACUUCAUUAAAUGGGCCAGAUACAACUUUUUUAUCAUUUUGUACCCUGCUGGAGUUGCAGGUGAACUGCUAACUAUAUAUGCUGCUUUACCCUAUGUGAAGAAAACAGGAAUGUUUUCACUGAGACUUCCCAACAAGUACAAUGUCUCCUUUGACUACUAUUACUUCCUUAUUAUUGUCAUGUUCUCCUAUGUGCCAUUGUUUCCACAACUGUAUUUCCACAUGCUGCGGCAGAGAAGAAGGGUGCUUCAUGGAGAAGUGAUUGUGGAAAAGGACGAUUGAAUCACGCUGUGUAACCAUGGUGCUCUUAGUGGAAAGGAAAAGAAGAGAGGGUAAAAACCCAAAACUUCCUCUGACUUUUCUAAGUCCAAGUUUUAAAACAUGGAACAAGAAUAAACAACUGUGCCUAAAAUAUCAUGGACUGUAUUAUUUUUGCAAUUAAUAUAUUUUCAGACCUACCUUUUCGUUCUCAGAUUCACUUUAGUUUUUAAUUAUUAAUUUCUUCAAAUAAAUAUUUUCUUAUUUUCAAUAGGUUGACAAUUAGCUUUAAGGAUUAGAAUAGUUGGCUACUGUGCAUUCUGUUCUGAAUAUUCUGUUAUGACCUGUAAUCAUUAUCAAGAACAGUAGGAGGGUUGAUAAGCUGUACUGAAAGUGAGUCUUCUGGAAAUCAGAGUGUAAAUUAGGUAAUGAUGCUUUUCAUAGACUGGAUGAAUUGAAUGGUAUUUAAGCUUUAUGUUAAGUAAUACCUUUUCAAUUAUAAGUACUGUAGCAUGUUGUUCAACAUUUUUUGAAUUACAGUAUCACACUGCAGAAUUCCAGAAGGACUUUUGAAAGGAGUUGAAUUCUUGCUUAUCAGUGCAAAUUUAGACCUCCCUGUAUUUUCAUUUGUAAUUUUAAAGGUACUUAGAAUAAUACAUAUAAUAUUAAAUGGUUAAAAGUUUGUGCUGAGGAGUAGACAUAUGUGCCUACCUUUCUCUAAUCAGUGGCUGGAAUGAGAUUCCUUUGCAAAGCUGAUUGUCAGCAUGUUUCCUAUUCUACUUUUAAAUUAUGUAUGCAGAAAAAUCAGAAAACUGUAGCUAUGGUGAGGUAUUUGAUUUCUUUUAAAUAGCUCAAAUAUAUUUAAAAUAGCAACUUAAAAUAUAAA